GAACGAGUAUGGAAAAUGGGAGCGGAUGUUCAAAACGGUCAACAGCAAUUUAUGGAACUAGACUUAACGAGUUAAAUACAACCAGAAGAACCCUAAAGUCAAAGGCAAAAAGCAGUCUGGCUACAAGAAACAUUAUUGCAAAUACUUAUGGACCAAAAGCUAGUACAACAGCAGGUACAAGCAAUUUGAACAAAGAAACAAAAACCACAGAGACAAAUACAAAUAACAUGGAGUUAUUACCAGUGAAAGAGAAUUUAUUAUUAAAUCAAGAUAGUAUAGGUGAAGAAAAUACAGAUAAUAAUAUGAAGGCAAUUGAUAAUACAAAAAAAGAUGAAAAAAUCUU